UGACUGAACAUCUCUUGUUUCAUUUCUUAACUGGGAACUCAGGACAUUGCACCACUUUCAAUUUUUCACAAGAAGCAGGACGAUCCUUCUCUGAUCAGGAACGUUUGUAAAUGAAGACUUUGGAUUCGUCUCUGUGGUAGAUAAACAGUCAUAAGUAGGUGAUGGGGCUGGUCCGAGAUCGGUGGGCUCCACACAGCGCGGAGACGGAUGAAUCCCAUAGUUAUAAAUUUAAACGUGUAAAUAAUGCUGUUUCUACACCAUGGCAAAAGAGAAGAUCUAUAUUGACCACAAAUACAUGCGGAGAAAACCCAUCUGCAUUUUUCCUUACCUGGUGCAUUGCUAUAGCUCUUGGAAUCCGUUUUAUUGUGAUGAUAACAAUAUGGAGUGCCAUCAUCAUAAAUUCAUUAUUCAACCAAGCAGACCCAAUCUCCUUGAAUGAAAGUUACUGUGGCCCAUGUCCUAAAAACUGGCUAUGUUAUAAAGAGAACUGCUACUAUUUUUUUAAUGAGAGCAAAAACUGGUUUCAGAGCCAAGCUUCCUGCAUGUCUCAAAAUUCCAGUCUCCUGAAGAUAUACAGCAAAGAGGACCAGGAUUUCUUUAAAUUGGUCAAGUCCUAUCAUUGGAUGGGACUAAAAAAGAAUUCAACAAACGGAAUCUGGCAGUGGGAAGAUGGCUCCAUUCUCCCUGAUGAUCUACUAACAAUGGUUGACAUGGCAAACGGAACCUGUGCAGUUUAUGGUUCAAGUUUUAAAGGUUACACAGAAAACUGUCUAAGUCCAUACACAUACAUCUGUAUGCAGCCAACUGUGUGAAGAAUUGGCUAUUUAUAAAACAUAAAGGAUUUCAAAAUAAAAACUCCAUUCUCUGACUUUCUUCAAGAAUAAAACUUCCAGAGGAAAAUGCCACAAAUAUUUAUUAAGUAUUUUUUCAUCUGACAUGCCACAAACCAUAUCCUUGCAGCAAAUAAAAAUGAACAAUUAAGUAAUGUAUCUUCUGUACCAAUGUUUCAUUUUAUUUAUAAAUUAUUGAAUGAUGAACAAACUCACUUUUAAGUUUAAUAAACUGCUGAUAAUACUUAUGGUAGAACUAGAUAGUAAUCCAUGAUUUUCUAAAUAUUUACACAUAUUAAACUAAUAAUGCUUUUAGAACAAUCAAAACACAAUACAUUUGAAAAUUAAAUAUACUUAAAGUUGGAUGAAGUGUAUAUGCAGGUUUAUUAAAUUUGUCAUUUUUGAAAUAUUUCUUAAAGUUAAAAAUAAUCCUUGAAAAGUUUCAAUGUUUCCUCUUCUUUCUCUUUUUGUUAAUUAAAUUUAUUGGGGUGACAGAGUAAUAUAAUUAUAUAGGAUACAAGCACACAAUUCUAUGAUACAUCAUCGAUAUAUUGUAU